AUGAUCGACAUUGGGUGGAUCUGCGGUGCAGCCGUUCGCGCUGUUUAUUGGUUAGUUAUGCUUGUUUGCAAUUUUAUGGGAUAUUCUCCACUAUGGGCUCAGAUUGCGAUGAAAAAUAGAAGAAUGGAAAACGUUCGAAUUAAAAUUCCUUCACAUUUGGCAGUAGUUUUUACUGAAAAACGAUUGAUACGAUUGGAUGAAAUCAUGUUUUUCAUCGAAUAUGCAUUGCGGGCUGAUAUUAGGCACAUAUCGCUUUAUGACCCGUUUGGAGAAUUAGUUGAACACGAAAAUGAGUUCAUAUCAAUUGCUCGAAAUAUGAAAAUUGAUUUAUUUAUGGACAACUGUUUAGUGCAUGAAGAUAUCCUCGCAAAAAUGUGUUUGAAUGUAUUGUCUCGGAAAAGCUCGAAAAAUGCAUUAGUGAAUGUGUGCAAAACUCUAUGCGAAAGAGACGCCCCAAUAACUGUAGAAGAUAUUACUGAUACACUUCACGAGCAAAGAAAGUUGAAAGAUCCAGAUUUUUUAUUGCAGAUUGGAAAUGUUCCAUCAUUGUGUGGUUAUCCACCAUGGAACCUUCGAAUCACGGAAUUCAUGCAGUCGUCGCAACUUCCGACGUCUAGGCGCGCAUUGGAUUACUGUAUUGAAUCAUUUAGUCAUAGAGACAUUCGGGUUGGAAAAUAA